CUAACGUGGAACUAUCUAUCUAUCAACAAUGAGUGGAAGAGGCAAAACCGGAGGCAAAGCAAGAGCGAAGGCCAAGACUCGCUCCUCCAGAGCAGGGCUGCAGUUCCCCGUCGGCCGUGUUCACAGACUUCUCCGUAAAGGAAACUACGCAGAGCGCGUCGGUGCCGGAGCUCCCGUCUAUAUGGCGGCUGUGCUCGAGUAUCUGACCGCUGAGAUCCUGGAGUUGGCUGGAAACGCCGCGAGAGACAACAAGAAGACCCGCAUCAUUCCCCGUCACCUGCAGCUGGCGGUGCGCAAUGACGAGGAGCUCAACAAACUCCUGGGUCGAGUGACCAUCGCUCAGGGCGGCGUGCUGCCCAACAUCCAGGCCGUGCUUCUGCCCAAGAAGACCGAGAAACCCGCCAAAGCCAAGUAAACCGAGUCCGCUCUGUUUCUCAAACGCAAAGGCUCUUUUAAGAGCCACCCAUUUUAUCUCUUAUAGAGCGCUUUUCUGAUUGUAUAGUUUAUCUAUAAAUAAAUGUACCUAACCACAUCUGCACCACAUCAACUAAAUUAUAUCGUAUUGUUUCAGGUACAACUAUUAACAUAAUGGCUAUUCUGCGGCUAUGUUGAGUACUUGUGAUAAGAGUAAGCAAAAACUAUUUGCUAUGGUUACAUAUAUUCAUACACCCAUACAUACUCGAGAAC